AGCGCAGCGGAAUGGUUGAUUUAGAAAGUCCAAAUAUUAUAAUUUAGUAUUGUAGUUAAGGUGACUUAGAUAUGAGGUUAUUGAGAACUAUUCUUUUUUCCACACGAAUUAAAUUGCGGAACUAACUUUAUUUGUGCAGCUGGCUGAUCGUCACUCACUGGCGAAGAUUUCCUGUGUCUCAGCAGGGGACAAACUUCUUACUUUGUUUGGUUGCCAGUUUUAAAUGUCUCUCUUUGCGGAUCUGUUAGACAUUUUACGAUACAUACUUGAUUAUUUUGGAGUUCCACCUGAUAUGCUCCUGCCAGUAUGGGAGAAUCAGCUCUGUGGCCAGUACCGUAGUAUUAUCCGUAUGAUUGGAACAAAUCUUCCUUUAAGUCCCUGUCCAAGGGUUCAUUUUCAGAUCCCUCUGCAGGCAUGUGCGAGACCGAGCACUCUCAACUCUUCAGAUGAAAACUGUGCUGUACCCUCUUUUGCAGAUGUGAUGUGGGUAGCACAUGAUGAGGGUGAAUCGUAUGCAAGGCUCAGGAAUGAGGUUCAUCCUCUUGAUGGCAAGCCUGUAGCAUUUUUCACCGCCCCACCAACUUGUUUAUCAGUUCCAUCCCAGCACGCACAGGGAGUGUUAGAGAAAAAAACAACCCAGCCUCCUACAAACAGUGACGCCUUAAAGAAGAUCACAGCCCUGGAGGAUGAGCUCCUCAGGCUACGGGCACAAAUUGCUAUGAUCGUAACCACGCCACCUGGUCCUCUCUGUUCUGAGUAUGAAAGUGCUCGGGCUCCUGGUACCCCCAGGAUGUCUCGUCUUCCUCAGGUGUUAACCUCUACUCCCGUCCCGGCUCCUCCACCUGCUCCCCCUCCUCUGGCACCUCCUUUACCGCCAGCACCCAGCUGUGCGACACCAGACCUUUCAGUUACUGACUUAAUCAGACAGCGUCGGGCAGCCAGCAGAACUGAGCAGAGCCACAGGGAAAGGGCAUUACCCUCCUCCUCCAGUCUCCCCAGCAUGUUGGACGUCCUUAAGGAUAUGAAUAAGGUUCGGCUGCGGACAGUAGAGAGGUCCCCGGGAGGAACACCAGUAAUGAAGAAAGACAAGAAAAUAAUCAGUUCUGCAGACCCAGCCGCACUGAUUGCGGCUGCUCUGAAAAGAAAAUUUGCACACAGAUAUAAAGAGGACUCCUUUGACAAAGAAAAUCGACCGUUUGAGACCUCACCUUUUGGCAGUCCAGAGAUUCCCAGACUUCCAUAUCAAGUCACGAAAGGCACUGGAAAGCUUCCACCUUUAAAAUCGGACCUCCUGAGUCUGACUCCUACAAUAAAAGCUAAUCGUACUUAAACCAGCGGUACUUCUUUUUUACAUCAAUGUUUUUACACACAAUUAUUGGGCUUGUUUAACUUUUAUCAUGCAUUUUAGAUAUUUUAUUAUUCUUGAUGUAUAUAAAGUAAUGAGGAUUGAUUCUAUGCUGCCCUUUAAAUACUGUAUAUUUUGCUGUUAAGAUAUUUAGUUUAAUGGUUUUGGUCAUACUGCUGCAGAAUCACCUGCUCAAUUUCAGUUGUUGGUUUGAAAUGUAUAAAAUGUUCUUGUAAGAAUGGAAAAACUUUGAACAUUUGUUAAAGAAUAGAAGAAUAUCAACUGUUCUAACAAUGCAAUGAGAGAUAUAAUGCAGCUCAUUUGUUUUCCUGUCAAACUAAAAUGUAAUGGUACAAACUGA